UCCUUCAGCAAACCAAAGAAAAAACUUUCCUCUCUCUCUCUCUCUCUCUCUCUCUCUCUCUCUAAAAAUAGCAAAAUUUCUCACUUUCUCUCACUAGAAAUGGAGAUGGAGCCAAGCCCACCAAUGAUAGCCAAGAAACUAUGGAACAUAGCGAGGAUAGUGUUCUUCAUGUUGAGAAAAGGCAUAUCAGAGAGCAAACUAAUGGUAGAUCUCCACAUGCUCUUCAAACGUAGCAAAGUCGCCGGAAAAGCCCUAGGCAACCUCAUGCUCCACCACCACUCCACCCUGAGUUGCCGCUCCAACGACAUACACCUCUCCUUCGUGUCGCCUCGAGAGUAUGAGUUCAGUUGCAGCAACAGCCCAGCCUAUCCCUCGUACAACUCGAGACGUAAACACAACCGCCAUGCUGACGAUUUAAACAUCGUCAGUAAGGUGUUUGAAAUUUUGAAUAAAGAGAUGCCAGAGGCGUCACCGCUCGUGCUUCCAGGGUUCGGGCGGACCCCGAUGGUGAGGCAGCUGAGGGUGACAGAUUCACCAUUUCCAAUAAAAGAUGGUGACGAUAAUACCCAAGUGGACAUGGCAGCUGAAGAGUUCAUUAACAAGUUUUACAAAGAUUUGAAGUACCAAAAGAGGAUGGCUGCCCUAGCAUCUCCAUCACCCUAUCACAUAAGGGCUAGUUAAUAAACGAUGUCAAAAAAUUUCUAGUCAUAUUGUGAUUAGAUUCUAAAUUUGGGGUUCCAUGGUUUGCACAAGAAUGUGCAUGUCAAAAGCUACCGCACUUUCCCGUUGGAUAAACUUAUCACUCUCUGCAACAUCUGAAGACGUUGAGUGAUUUUUACAUGACAAUAUUGCGUUUGAAUUUUGAAUUUGAGAAAUUAUUUACAGAGGCAUAGAAAAUGAGGAAAAAAAAUAUUGGACUUUGGUUUGUUCGUUUUUCUUCUCUCUGUAAAUUUUUUUAAUAAAUUUAAAAUUCAAACACAAUCUUACUGUCACAAAGACUUCAUUUUGAUGUUGCAGAAAGUAUUGGUUUGCUUGUGGGGUUGUGCCCUGGCCUCAAUGAAAAAAGCAAACGCUUCUUAAUUUCAACAAUAAUAUUUGUGUUUUUCGGGUCAUAGUGCUCUUUUUUUUUUUUCAAUGUCUUUUCUUUUCUUUUCUUUUUUUUUCCUUUUUUUGGGUCUCAAUGUGAAUGUUAAGUAAAAAUCAUAAAGAUUAUGUUCA